UUUUUAAACCAAUUUUCCAUUUACAUAUACAGUUUGCAGUCUACUCUAAAAGAAUAGACGCCUCUUGGCAGUUUAUGUAUCAACCAUUUAAUGUAUACGAUAAAUAGCAGGGCCCCAGAGUGGUCUGGAUAGUGAACUUAAGUUAGCAGAUCUUAAUGAGCACUGAUGUGCCAGCAGUGCUGUGAGGUGGCUAAUCUGGGAUUAUCGACCUCUUAAACCUUACUGCAGUAGAAGAAAGGCUUUUGAGUAAAGCAAUACUAGUGAAUGCAUGGUGUUACUAAUGAUAGACUAUGAUGGUUUGUUUUUUUAUUUUCGCUCUUGUGCUUUGUCUUCUUUUCCUGCCCUCCUUCGGUUUUAUCCCGUUUCUAAGGAUGGGGAAUUUUACCUCCUCCAAUUCUGGGGGUCUCACCAGCACAGCCUGUGUUCAGCUUGUUCAGGAGAUGGUGUCACAGAACUGUGUUGUCAUAUUUUCGAAGAGCACCUGCCCCUAUUGUAAAAUGGCCAAAAAUGUGUUUAAUGAAAUUGGUGCCAACUACAAGGUGAUUGAACUGGACCAACAUAAUGAUGGCAGGAAACUUCAAGAGGCCUUGGCACAAAUGACUGGCGCCAGAACAGUGCCCAGAGUUUUCAUCAAUGGAAGCUGCAUUGGAGGCGGCUCUGACACCAAACAGCUCUAUAAGCAGGGCAGGUUGCUGCCCCUCAUCGAGCAGUGCUCCCCCUGCUGUGCUGCCGAAGGAUCGAGCAGUGGACACUUUGAACCCUCUAAAUGACUAGCCGUUUUAGUAGCCUUUUUAAAUCCUCUUUUAUUUAAUUUUAUGUUAAAAUUUAUACAUUUUUUGAGCAUGUCAGUGCUCUUUGUUCAUCAAAACCAAGAAAAUGACUGAUGUUUAUUUUCUUGGAUUUUCUUAAAUCAGUCUAUUUUUAUUGAAAUUCCCUAAAAAAGCAGUAGACACUGGAAGGACUUCAGUUGUUUCUGCUUUUGUUGUAAUACAAAAUGUAAAGAAAAAGAGAAUAGUCGUAUUGCAAUACCUGAAACUGUUAAAAGACUUAAAUGUGAAUAUUUCACAUGCACACUUCACUAUACUGCUCUUCAUGGAAAUAAUGAAGAGUAAAAUAUAUUUAAGUAAAUACAGUGGUUGGUGUUUUCUGUUUUGUAAAAUUAUAGCCAAAGCUGUGUCUAAUUGAAUGUUUACUAGAGGAAUGCAUGGCAAAGGGUUAAUGGCCUUAGAUGAGGCUUAACAUAAGGAAUUAUGUUUGUUUAUGUACAUUAUAUGUUUAUUGUUUAAUAAACAUGUAAGAAAGAAGUAGAA